AUGGAUGACGUUGAUACAACUCCUACUACAGCAGCAGCAAAUAUGUAUCUACAGAAUGCUUUAUUGGAUCAUAAUGAAUUGAUUAAUGAGAACCAAUCCGAUCCUCUAUCAACGCCCGAAAUGAAUUCGGAAGUCACCCCAGUUACUACCGAUAUGUAUGGUGCUGCCGGUAUGUCCGGAAGUUUGUCAACUGUACCUCCUCAACCACUGGAUGCCACUGGUGUACCACCAACAAAUGAAGAUAAAAGAUGGAGUUAA